GCGAAGGUUGUCAUGUUCCGUUGGGAGAAGCUGGACUUCACAGUGUCCUUUAUCAAGGCCACCAAACAGUGGCGGAUUCCAGGUUUCAGACUUUUCCGGGAUCUGGAUUCGAUCCAAAAUCUGAUCAACUUGGAUGUAUGGCCGGGUCCCUCUAUCAUCCACCAGUUCUACAAGAAGGUCGGGGAAGAAAUAGGCAAGAAGCAGCCCGGCCUGUUUGUGCUGAAUUUCGGUCUGCAUCCCAUCGCCCACGACAUGCGACCAGACGUGUACGAGACCUUUCUUCGGGAGACGGUACGAUGGUGGAGGAAGGGCACAAAGGCCACAGACGAAGUGCGAACGGACAUUCCGAUGCUGUGGCGAAGGACUACUGUCACACACUUCCCGGCCAAUGAGCUCAAUCUGAUGCACCGAUGCUUGUUACCAGACAGGCUUAAAGUGUACGACAGUAUAGCCUUGCGGGUCAUGGAGGAGCUUGAUGUGCCGGUCCUGGAUUGGAAAACACCCGGACAGGGGCGAGCGGGUGCACAGAACGACAAUAGGCAUUUCAGAGAUAAAGAAUGCACUGGAACACGGGUGCAGGGAACCAAUAUGGGCCUCCUGCUCAAUAUGGUGGGCUCUAUGCGCAACUGGGACAUGACGCAACGUAUAGGGUAUACUGACACAUAUCACAAGCAGUAUAAGGGGGCGGAGAGUAGGUAACAUAAAAUAGAUGUAAAGCAUCAUAAUCCAGUAUAUGUAAUAAAGC